AUCUUCCCUCGCUUUUUCUUCUGUCGACGGAGUUCUUCGCUGGACGGUCGACCACUGAUGUGGAGCUGCUGCCCUUUCCAAGGCCCUUACAUCGGCGACCUGCUGCACAGGCUGCCUCUGGUACUCCUCGCCGUCGUGCUGCUUCUCAUCGUUGUCUUCUUCCACGUGUGUUUCGUCGGCCUGCUCCCUGUCGCGGCUCGCAAAAGGAGAUCUUCCAAGAACGACGACAGGAUGGAUCGACGACUGACCAACGACAGACUGGCAGGCACGACAGUCGCCACGAGCAAUCGGCAAUGCACUACGGGGUCUGUGGCGAAGCAAGCGUACGACCCGACGUUGUAUGCUCACCUGCCUUCGCAUGAGAUUCCUCAGUUGCCGUCGGAUGACGAGGGGGAAGACAUCAGGUCAUCGAUUGUGUCGUUGGGAAGUGGUUCCACGCAGGAUUGGGCAGCGACGCAGUCCUACGGUGGCAGGCGGGCGGAGACCCCGUGGUCGUACACUUCACUGCUGAAUGAGGGGCUGUGCGACGACGAUGGCAAUGCAGCGGUCGAUCUUAACUUCCAGUUGUCGAGCAGCAGCGGAGCAGCGGCGACACAUACUCGCAUCAUCAAUCCCCACCCAGAUGGGGAUCGCGCGGACCUCAAUCGCUUCGCGAGGGCGGCGGGAAUCGAAAUGUGUCCUCGAGGCAUGGCAGAGGAGGAGUCGGUGAGGAUCAACGUCCGGAAUGGAUGCGCUUAUCACCUGCGACGCGAAACGGAUCCGAGACUCCGCGUGGACGGCAGCGACAGGACUCGAGGACGCGUCCGCGGCAGCAACGAUGCGGCUGUUCAAAAGCCCCUCAACUUCGACGACGUUGACGGUGACGACGAUUGCAACUUGGGCGAUUUACCUGAGAUUAGGCCGCUUGGGAGGAAGGUGAGAAACGGCGGUGCGAGUGCGAAGAAGGGUUCCACUCCGAGAAAUCAGAGGAACAAGAAAAUGGACGACGACACAGGCGGGAGCGAUGGCAAGGGCGCUCGGAAUUUCUGGUUCGUCSGAGACUCGAUCACACUCGUGAGGGCGAAAAGGGAUCAAGAUCUGUAUUUCGCAGGCAUGGGACCGAGGGAAUGGAAGUGGGAGGACGUGAGGUCCACGUUGCAGAAGAUGGACGUCACGAGGAAGGUCGUCGACUGCAGGAAGAAAUGGGACAACUUGAUGCAGCAAUUCAAGAAGGUUCACAAGUUUCAGCACCUCUCCGGUGGGAAGGACUACUUCAAGCUUGCUUCAUCGGCCAGGAGAUCGGAGGGCUUCAACUUCGUCAUGGUUCGGAGCGUGUACGAGGAGAUGGAGGCCAUGACGAAGGGGGAUCACACUAUCCACCCGAAGAAUUUGGCGGACACGGGGGCGCCGGGGGGCGUUCAGAUGCUGGCAGGCACGGGGGCUGGAGGGGAAUCCAUGGGCAGUGAGGGUGGAGGGGAGUCUAUCGACGAGGAGCAGGGGUCGACAAAAGAUUCGACAUUCAACGCGGGGAGCGCCGACGGUUCCGGGAAAACGAAGAACAUGCGGCAACAAACCUUUGAGGCCGUCGUCGAGGUUAUGGACAAGCAUGGUGUGCUCAUGGCGAGCACGAUGGACAGCUCGAGCAAGCGCCAAAGCUCUACGAUGUUACGACAGUGCGAAAUCCUUGAGAGCGAAGUGGAAGUGCUGAGGAAACAUUAUGUUGCGGCGGAUGAGGCGAACAAAAUGAUGUGCAACGCCCUUAUGGAGAUAGCGAAAGCCAUCCGCGCGAGAUAAUGACGACGCUGCUGUUUAGUGUCACUUUACUGUCCUGUCUCUCCAUCUACAGCAAUUGCGACGAUG